GGAACAGUGCAGCAUUGACACAUCGACUGGUGGAGACAGGAGAGCGAGUCUGAACGGAGACGAUGAAAGCAUAUGAAAAACUGUCAGUAACAUUACCUCGAAAAAUAUCAACCAUGUCUGCUGCUUUUUACAUCUGCCUUCUCUUCUUGUGCCUCCAAACCAACGGCGUGGGAGCAGAGCUGACCCCACCAGAGAAUGUGACCAUUAUCACCUUGAACACCAAUUAUACACUGAGCUGGGAUUGGGACCAGAGUUCUGCAAAGAAUCACACUGUCAACUUCACCACACAAUAUGUUGCGAAGUACAAACUUAAGUCUAAGAAAAAGAAUCCGAUCUGGUCUACAGUGUGUGAGGAGACAUCACAUAGGUCAUGUGACCUCACAAAGUUAAACCUGUACUACCUGGGCAUCUAUGUGCUUCGUGUACGAGCUAAUGUGAACGGACGUCUCUCCGACUGGACGCUGAAGGAGUUCUGCCCUGAUAAAGAUGCUGCUGUGGGUCCUCCAAGCAAAGUGGAUCUUUCUCCUGCUGGAAGUGACCUGGACAUUUUCAUCACUGACCCUUUGACCAGUACCAACAGUUCAAUGAAGGAUCAUCAUCCUGAGUUGUACUACCACAUCCUCUACUGGGAACGCUCUGGAGACAGACAGCCCUUAAAGACCCAGAUGUUGACUAGCAGUGCCAACAUGGUGACUUUGCCAAACUUGAAGGCCUGGACUUGGUACUGUGUGAGCAUUCAGUCAUGCUAUGACUUCUACAACAAGAGCAGCAGCUUCACCUCACCCCACUGCAUGCAGACUGAAGGUGUCAUUCCAUGGUGGCAGAUCUUGGGGUACUUCCUGGUCUCUCUGGUUAGCUGCUUCGUGGUCAUGCUGCUCUUACUCUGUGGCUUCUUUUGGUUCGUAAAGACCCUCAAGGCCACGUUGUACCCCUCCAUCCAGCUCCCUCCACACUUCCAGUAUCUUUAUGACUCACCUGGCUCUGACAUUCCUCACCUCCUCACCCCGGAUUCAGACUCAGACCUGUUGUGCGACAAGGUGACCGUCUGUCCAGAGCCACUGGUCCUGGAAAUCCAUGAGCCCCCCCCAGAGGUCCUGCCAGCACCCCCUUUAGGCCUGGAGCCAGACAGCAGUGGCAGACACAGUCGUCAGGACAGCAGCGGCAGUGGAGACUCAGGAGUGUACUCCACAGGGGGCAGCUCCAGCCUGCGGCAGUCCAACAGCAAUCAAUCCUCUGCAGGGGCUGAAGACUGUGAGCAGGGUCACUUUGACUUGCAGCAGUUGAAGAUGCAGGACAUGGCUCCGAGGCUCAAGACUCAACUUCUGAUCACAGACGAGGGCAUUGUAGACAUGUGUGUCUGAAGGCAUGCUAAAAGCACAUUUGUUGAGAAGAGCGAAGAUGAUAUUGUGGAAAAUGUGCAGUGUGCCUUUUCUCCAGCUGUCACUGUGAAACCCAGAGGGGAAAGCAUCGGGUCUGUACAAAAAAAAACAAAAGUGUAAAAGACAAGGAUUAUUAGAAUACACAAGAUGAUGAGUGACAGACUCACACAGGGAUCAGAACUGAUCUGCUGUGAUGUCAUUUGCAAGGAAAGGGGAUGUGGUCUUCACUGUUGAUUUAUCUUUCCUCAAAGUAGCUUUUGAAAAUGCCGAUCUUCAUGUGAUCUCCUAGGAAGUACUGUACUGAUACUGUAGUAAUUUGAAUAUGUUAUAUGUUCCCUUUACCUUGUCUCUAAAGCCACUGUCUGAACAUCCAUACUGUGAGAGGUCAACAGGUUGCGCUAAUUUGACUAAAUGUGGCUGAGAGGAUCAGAGUCUAUUUGUGUAGCAGUCUGCAUUAAAGGAAUACUGACCAUUUCUUAAAAAUGACCAUCUCUACAUCAGUUACUCACCGUGUGUCACCUUGAAUUGGUGAAGAAAACUGUCUUUUUUCUUGCAUUCAUCCAUGGGGAACGAAGAAUCCAAAAACAGUAAAUAUUGUUGAUGAAUUGAAGUCACUGGGGUCCACAUUUAACAACAGCAAAACUAUAUCAAAACAUCUGCUUACAAACUCUCACAACUUGUACAGUAUAAUUCAAGUCUCAUUUAUCCAGCUGUAUGCUCAGUUCCUUCCAUAUGCAUUGCAUUACCCUGCCUUCAGCCCUUGCUCUCCGGGAUUGAAAGUGUAAGCGUUGAUAAGUUUCUGUCCUGGUCAGAAUGGGUUGAAGGCAAGACACAAAACUGAAAUGGAAAAAAAAAAAAAAAAGUUUUCUUGACAAAUUUAAGGUAACAUUACAUCAAUAAUUGAAAUGUAAAUUGUAAUUUUGUGGGUAAAGUAUUCCUUUGAUCUAGUCUUUAAGAGUUGAAUCAGCUUCAUGUCCUGUCGCUGUAAUGAGUCAGCAGAAGUAGCUUAAAGGUGCUAAUUAGGGAGCAUUAAAUAAACACAAGCAGAUAAAUUCAAAUAGAGUGCCCCAGUAAUGAGUCCUAAAACCCGUAAAUGAGUCAGCAUUUUUGCACUGGGUUUUUGGUUAGAUGGCUGAAAUAAGGUCUGUGGUUAACACAAGCUUUAGAGACUUUCACAUUUUGUUUUGUGACAUAAGUCAGUAAAUACCCCACUGUGAAUUCUGAAGCCUUUGUUUAUCUUUUAAAAGGUGGUUGCUCACAAUACAGAAUGUUAUCAUGCUGCUUAUGGCUUCACAGCCCUGUAGUGGUACGGAUGCUAAGUCAUGCAACUGUAGUUUAGUUUGUUUAUAGCCCAGCCUUAGCCGUUUUUUUAGCAAUUCCUUUGAGGCUUUAAAAAUCAUGAAAGUGGUGUUCAUUUGUGAAGAUUAUCUUGCUGUCUCAUGAAUCAUCAUGUUUGUUUGCCACAGAGCUUUUUUUCUGCAAUAAUCCAAAAUCCAAUGGAAGGCUUUUUGAUGAGGGAACCAGGGCAAUGCUAAAUUCCACAUCAGCCUUCAGAAAAACGUCCUCCCUGGAACACUCUGUAGAGUGACCUCAGAGUGAUGAUUGACACCAACAGUGGAUGUACAUGCAGCCAUUGUCAUUGCAAUGAUGUGCACCUACUGGACAGUGCAGUGAGAUUUAACAAAUGAUAAUGACAUUAGUCGGAAACAGGACCAGUAAAUCCUUUGUGAAGGUUAGAAUGUUCUGAUUUUGUUCAAACUGUUUGAUUGACUCAGCUGUAUGAUCAUUCUGGAUGCUGAUGUUGGUGGCGCUGUUGACCUGCAUUAUGUUUGUGAAAGGUGUUAGUUACUGAACCUAUCCUCAUUGGUAUAAAAGGGGUGGACACAACACCUUUAGGAUAAUACAUUACAGUUCAAUAGCACUAUUGGCAGUGCUGGUCAUUGCCGCCUCAGCGUAAGACCUAUUGACAUUGUCAUACUUAUUUGUUCUGUUGUUCUGUUUUGCCAAAAUGUCUGUGUUGAUCAGAUGAACUAGAGAAAUCCACUUUAAAUAGAGUAGUUUGACCUGAACAGGAGUCUCUGUUGAUAUCCAACAAUCCAUCCAGCUACAUGUUGAAUUUCUCCACAUAAAAAGAAACAUUGUCCACCUUGUAACAUACUUACUGUAAGUAAUAUCUCAGUGUAAAAAAAAAAAAGAAUGAGCUACUAAUUUAUCUCUGUCCUUCAGUUUUCCUGCUUUUCCAUCUCAUUAGCAAUCUGACUAAAUAGCCAGAAUAACCUAGUGAUGACUAUUAUGAAAGAAGAGGUUUCAUUCUGUGUGAAUGUCUUUUAUUCAACCAUUAUGAUUCUUUAAGAAUCUUGGUGCCAUAAUGGUUUUAUUUGUUUUUUAUGACAUUUUAUUUGUAUUAAAUAUAUUUUCCUCA